UUGUGUGUCUGAGAGAGAAAGCACUAGCACGCACUACUGGAUCCUUGUCCGUUGCCUGCUGCUGCUCCCCCAUGUCCAGCUCAGCCUUUGGAGACACCACCUGUCCGUUGCUCCAGUCGCCUCUUUCCUCUGCCACCCCCGUGAUGCACAACGCUGCCGCACUACUAGUACUUGAGUGAGCUCCGAGCGGUGCAAUGCCACGGAACACCGGCAAGCGGCGCAAGAAACACGAAGCUCCACCUGCUGUUUAUCCACCCGCUGUUCUGAUGCCUUCACCAUUGAUCUGAGCUCUGAAGAAGGUUUUCCUGCCCCCUUCAUUGCUGCUUCGGCGACUGCAAGUGCAAGAAGGAGAAACCGAUCCACGAUUAGGCAAAGAGCAGAGUGAAGCAGUAACCACACAGUGUCGUGGAAUCGUCUCCAAUGGCGAGGCCGGGACAUCUCCUGCUUAUCUUCUUCUCGGUGUUUCUUGCGUUGCUCCCGGAGACCACACAGCUCCAGCCUUCGCAGGUAUGGACUCUGAUCAAGAUCCAACAGCUCCUGAACGACCCUCCAAUGCUCAGCCACUGGCGCCACAGCACCGACUUCUGCGGCGGCGCCGGCGGCUUCAUGGGCCCUACGGGCUCGGCCGCCGUCUUGUGCUACGGGGACACCGUGACGCAGCUCCACAUCGCCGCCGCCGCGGGCUCCCCGCCGCUGCCCAGGAACUUCUCCGUCGGCGCAUUGGUCACGACGCUGUCCAGGCUCCCCGACCUCAAGGUGCUCACGCUGUCCAGCAUCGGCCUCUGGGGGCCCCUGCCAGGGAAGCUCGGCCGGCUGGCGGCGCUGGAGAUCGUCAAUGUCAGCGGAAACUUCCUCUACGGCGACAUCCCGAGGGGCAUGUCGCGGCUCGCCGGCCUCCAGACGCUGGUCCUCGAUGACAACUUACUGGGCGGCGAGCUGCCGGCGUGGAUCGGCGCGCUGCCGUCGAUGGCCGUGCUGAGCCUGCGGAACAACACGCUCCAAGGCGCCGUGCCGGAGUCCGUCGGGAGCAUGCCGUCGCUGAGGUCGCUCGUGCUCGCGUCGAACAACCUGUCCGGGAACCUGCCGGACAUGAGCCGCCUGACCAACCUCCAGGUGAUCGACGUCGGCGGCAACUCGCUCGGACCAGCAUUCCCUAAGCUCGGGAGGAAGGUGGUCACCGCGGUGCUGAGCCGGAACAGGUUCGGCGGCGGCCUCCCGGAAGCGCUGGGCUCGUUCUACCUGCUGGAGCGGCUGGACGUGUCCUGGAACCGGUUCGUUGGCCCGUUCACGCCGGCGCUGCUGUCCCUGCCGUCCAUCCGGUACCUCAGCAUCGCCGGGAACAGGUUCACCGGCACGCUGUCCGACAAGACGCCGUGCGGCGACAACCUCCAGUUCGUCGACCUGUCGUUGAAUCUCCUCAUGGGAAGCAUACCAUUCUGCUUGAGAUCACCGGACAGGAAGCCAGGCAUGGUGGUGCUCGACUCGACCAACUGCUUGGACGACAGUGAUGGCUCACAACGCCCCUCACCGUUCUGUCAGAACCAAGCCUUGGCCGUGGGCAUAGUGCCCGGCAAGGAGAAGAAGAACAUUGCCAGGCACGCAGGCUUCGUCGCCGGCAUUGUGAUGGCGGUCCUUGUCGUCGUUUCAGUUGUCGGUUUCAUUGUCUUCCUCGGCGUGAGGAAGGCGGCCAUGAAAGGUGGUUCAAAGGCAAGGACUCUGGCAACUUCAGAGGAAGACAGUUCUUCGACUGGGUACCCUUCCAAGCUGCUCGCUGAAGCACGAUACAUAUCGCAGACGGUGAAGCUGGGAGCUCUGGGGAUCCCAUCAUACAGAUCAUUUUCUUUGGUGGAGCUUGAAGCCGCAACUAACAACUUUGAAAACUCUUACCUAGUGGGACAAGACUCUCUUGGCGAGAUGUACCGAGGAAGGUUAGGGAAUGGCACCCCAGUGACGAUCAGGACCCUGAAGAUCAAGAGGAGCCAGACUACCCAAAGCUUAAACCGUCACAUUGAUACCAUCUCUAGGCUCAGGCAUCAAAACUUGGUCAGCGCUCUAGGACACUGUUUUGAGUAUGAUCUUGACGAUUCCACUGUGACCCAGCUGUACAUUGUGUUCGAGUACGUGCAAAACGGGAACCUUAGGAGCAGGAUCUCGCAAGGAACUGAAGGAUGCAAGCUCACAUGGUCACAAAGGAUAUCAGCUGCCAUCGGUAUUGCCAAGGGUAUCCAGUUCUUGCACGGAGGGAUCAUACCUGGUAUAGUUGGAAAUGAUCUGAGGAUCACCAAUAUUCUUCUAGAUCAGAAUCAUGUUGCCAAAAUCGGCAGCUACAAUAUACCAAUCCUAGCAGAGGCCAUGAAAUCUGAGAAGGGAAACAAGUUCCAAACUGAUAGUCCGAUGUACAGCGAUAAGGCCGACAUCUUCGAUUUUGGGGUGAUCCUACUUGAGGUUGUGUCCGGGAAGACCAUCACAUCCAUGUAUGAGGUGGAUAUACUGAAAGAACUGCUUGCCUGGGCAAUCGCCGACGAGGACCGGGUCAGAAGGAGGAGCUUCGCGGACCCGGCGGUGAGCAAGGGGUGCUCAGACGAGUCAUUGAGGACUGUCAUGGAGAUCUGCCAGAGGUGCCUGGCCAAGGAGCCCGCGCAGCGGCCAUCAGUGGAGGACGUGCUCUGGAACCUGCAGUUCUCUGCCCAGGUGCAGGACGACUGGGAGGUGGAAGCCUGGAGCAGCGGCGCCGGGAGCCCGGUGUCGUCGUCGUCCAGGGUCACCAGGUCAUCUCGGCUGAACUUGAGCAGAUGAUCUGGGUGCUUCUCCAGCAAAGCUCUUAUGAGUCAGGAUCAUCCUGGUUCUAGUUGUGAAGCCACACGAGAAUGCUGCAGACUGGAUCUGAUGAUGGAUCCGUUGAGCCAGCUUACAGCAACUGAAGCUGAUGAAAUGCUGAAACGCCCACCACACCAGGAUGUGCUCACCUCAAAACUACCCAUGGUGCACAAACAACCAAGUGUGCAUUGUUUUUGUUUUGCCAGUGUAUAAACGUUUUCUUUUUUGCUUCCUUUUCUUUAUUGUUUUGCUAUUUAGAAUAGAAAUAAUGAUGUGCCUUUCGUUGAGAGUUCUCUAUAUGGGAGUACAAUAAUGAUUAUACUUGACGCUGGGUAGAGAGUUCUCUUAUUAA